UUGCAGCUCAGCUACUCUUUGCAGUAAACAAAAAACAAUUGAUGUUUUAAGUGCAUAGCUAACUUUUGGGAGUAAGCAUCAGUGAGUGGGAACAUUAGAAAGAGUAUAUAAAAAACUGCAUUCAAAUAAUGAUAACACAAAUUCACAAAUUAGUUGUUUGCAAUCGUCAGUCUUUAGCACUUGAUAUUUUAUUGAAUUUUAUGCAAAUAUUUGUCGUGAAAUAAAAGUCAAUAAAAGUUUUGCUUAACGAAAUGCAAUACUUACCACAAUUGACAGUAUUAUUACUAUUUUCUUUAAUCGCGUGCCGCAUUGAGAGUUCGAAUGGUGCUAAAAUUUUAGCAAUAUUUCCCUUUACGGGUCGUUCGCAAUAUAUCUGUGGAGAGAAUUAUCUAAAAGCACUAGCUGCAAGGGGUCAUGACGUUAUUGUGAUCUCGGCAUAUCCGCAAAAGAAAUCCAUACAGAAUUUUACGGAUGUUUCACUUAUAUACGAAAAUGAUCUCUUUGAAGAAUACAUCGUUGAUUCCGAAGUACUGACACUCAGCAAAUGGGAAGAACUUAAUUUUGCCAUUGAUUACCUUACACCAUCUACACGAAAAGUUCUAGAACAUCCAGUGUUGCAAAAAUGGCUUAAGAAUGGUGUGACCUUCGAUUUACUUAUUGUUGAAGUUCUGCAGCAGGAAGCGCUCUACGCACUGGCAUACCAUUUCAAGGCUUUGCUUAUUGGCGUUUCCAGCUUCGGCACCGAUAUGCGUAUCGACGAAUUGGUUGGCAACACCUCACCACUCUCCUAUAUACCCUCAACAACUAGCCAUUUAACAGAUCAAAUGAAUUUUCGCGAGCGUUUAGAAAAUUUCUACAUUCACGUUCUGGAGUGGAUACAUAAUCGUUUCGUUAUGUUGCCCGCGCAAUAUGAGCUGUACAAAAAAUACGUACCCACCCCAACGGCGCCAUUUAUGGAAAUGCGUAAGAACUUCUCACUUGUGUUGCUGAAUCAACAUUUCUCAAUGAGCCUACCACGUCCUUAUGUGCCGAAUGCUAUCGAAGUUGGCGGCUGGCACAUAGAUCACAAGCCAAGUAAAUUACCAGCCGAUAUGGAACGAUUUAUAAAUGCCGCCCCAAAGGGGGUAAUCUACUUCUCGUUAGGCACAAAUAUACGCAGUAGAAAUUUGUCUGCAAAAAGGCGCGCUAUACUAAUGGAAGUUUUCGCCUCAUUAAAGCAAUACAACAUACUUUGGAAAUUCGAAGAUCCAAAAUUACCUGGAAAACCCACGAAUGUAUUUAUCAGUAAAUGGUUUCCACAAUCUGAUAUAUUGGCGCACCCCAAUGUAAAGCUCUUUAUUACACAUGGUGGACUGCUGAGCACAAUUGAGGCUAUACAUCAUGCCAAGCCGGUGGUGGGUAUGCCUGUUUUCUAUGACCAACAUCUGAAUGUUGCGCGUUCGCAGCAGAAAGGUUUUGGCGUGAGUGUCAAUUUUAGGAGCUUCACUGCUAACCAACUCAAAAGCGCUAUAGUAGAGGUGCUGGAAAAUCCAAAAUAUGCUAAACGCGCGAAGGAGAUCUCACAGCUGUAUCACGAUCAACCAGAGACACCAGUGAAGAAGGCAAUUUAUUGGACAGAGUAUGUAUUGCGGCAUAAGGGCGCACCACAUAUGCGUGUAGCCGCGCGAAAUCUGGAUUUUAUUGAAUAUCAUAAUUUGGAUGUCAUUGCUGUGCUGUUUGGCGGGCCACUUUUGGCCUUACUGGUUGUUGCGUGGGUGAGCUGCAAGCUAUUGAAGGCGAUU